CUGAAGCCAAACAAGAACGGUGGAGUUUGGCGUGGAGCGUCGUUUCUACACGAACCGACGACCACUGGCUGCGGGAAGAAUGCUUGAAAACAAGAGGGAGAGAUUGAAAACCUUCCUCAGGAAGAUCGACGAAAAGGCCAUAGUCAGAAUCAAGCACUUCAUGAAAGAGAGCAGCUACCCAGUAGAGAGCAGUGGUGGUGGGCUGCCAGCUAAAGUGAAGAAAAGCAGGAGCAGCUUAAGCAAUGGCAGCAUCAAGAAGGCCGAGGCGAGGAAAGCCUUGAGCUUGGAGGCGGCUCAGCUCGAGAUCCAGCAGCAGCACAAAACCCUCACCAGACAAGUAGCCAUCAGGUCGCAGACGUUCGAUGUCGAGAACAGAGGCUUUGACAGGACCGAGAGCACUGGCACACGAAGUAGUUUCAUGAAGCACAACAAGACAUUCCACCAGUUGUUUCCAGACAUUCCUAAGAGUGAAGACUUGAUACAUGCAUACAUCUGUGCCCUGCAGAAGGAAGUGCCCUACCAUGGUCGGCUGUACGUCACUGACACCCAUGCCUGUUUCUACUCCUCAGUUCUGCUUAAGGACACUAGGGUAGUAAUUCCAGUUUCCUCCAUCCACAUUGUGAAGAAGCAGAACACGGCUUUACUGGUUCCCAACGCCUUGUCAAUCCGCACCUCAGAGGGAGACAAGUACCUGUUUGUGUCGCUGCGCAACAGAGAGUCCUGUUUUCAGCUGCUGCGUUCAGUAUGUCCUCAGAUAGAGGAUGGCAGCACAAACAGCAGCCCCAUCUUCUCCUCAGCUGAGAACAGCUUCGACAAGAGCAAACUUGUUAACACCAGCCAGUCCAGUCUGGACGACAGCUUGGACCAAUUCGACGGCUCUGAGUCACAGACUUUGCAAGACCAGCGUCUGCACAGACCACACAGAGAGGCAGUGCCUAAUGGGAAUGGCUCAGCUUUCAGGAGCCUACACCUGCAGCAGAGCGAUAGCUCGUCCUCAGAGGAGCUGUCAGUAUCCGGUGGAUCGUGGGUUUGGAAUGUGACGGAAACGGCCAAGUCCCUGCUGGUUCAGAGAGAGCCCAGCACCCUCAACACUCUACUCUUCAUUUACUUGAUUUUGGUCGUGCUGCUGCUGCUGUCUUCCGGGUACAUCGGUUUACGUAUCGUGGCCCUGGAGGAACAGCUGACAUCCCUUGGGGCAUUGCCUGAGUUCACCUUACAGAGCGGGUACCACCAAGACACAUAACACUGGGUGACUGAAGGAGAGAUCGGUUGACUCAUGACUGGAGGAGUAUUUCGGCCUCUUCCGGCAGAACACGGCGGGAGAAGUUUCAUGCGCGCCGACCGUGCUCCCAACAUGGCCUCCGCUGUUGGCUGGAGGAAAAAUGGCCAACCUGUGCAAUUUCAGAGACAACUCGUAAACUUGAAGGGCUAUACCUCCUCUUAGUGCAGUAGACAAACGGACAUGCCACGACUUAGUCACGUAGAGCCGAGCCAAAAUGCAUCCGCACGCUGCCUGGCUGCAGCGUGCCUGUCGUUGAAACCAAAGUCAAACGGCUCUGACUCCUGUGUGCCACACUGGCCAAGCUGACGGGCACUUUCCCGUCGGCAGCUGAUCCACAUCUGUGAACUUGUGUUAUCCAUUGUCCUUCGUACGCAUAGUCUUCUCCCCUGAGCAUGCAGUCUGAACAGGGCUAUACCGAUCAGCAUUAGCCUGCUGUAGUGCUUAUUAUUGCACCUCAACACCAGAGACGUAGUGCUAUGCACAGCCAAAGAUGCACACGGUGCACGUCUUUUGCAUGAGUGCACAGAGAUGACUUUUCCCCUCUUUACCCUCCCAUCGCUCAGUGGUAUGUGCAAAUCUGUCUCUGUCCUUAAACUGAGCAACUGCCGGGUACUUCUCUUUGAAUGGUUCUAAUCGGCUGCUGGGUUGACAUGAUGAUCGCUGAAAUCUCAAAAUCAGAUCAGCCCCCGGAGGCUCGACGCUCUCCUGAUGGUCUUAUCCUUUCUCUCUUUCUCCAUCCAGCAAUGAUUGCAGUAUUACUUCCCUCGUCUUUGGCAUGAUUUAAAUCAGUUUAAUGAUCGACGCUGAGAGGUUGUUUUCCCCUGCAGUCUCAGCUGGAUGAAAGCAUCAUCAAUGCACAAAUAUUUAGUACAUUAGGACACGAGGAGGUUGCCUCAGAUAUGUUUCCGUGUACUUUUCUAUGACUUUGGUCUUGGAGAGUAGGUUUAAAAACUGGUCCAGAUGUCUGUCGAUGUACUGUCCGCCACGACACAUUGUGUUUAAAGUACAGACCUCUCUCUUUCACAGGCCUCUUGAGGAGCAAGUGGCUCUCUAGAAUUUUCAGGUUAUUUAAAGUAGCACCAAUAAUGUAUUUCUAAUGCUCACGCGCGUGUCUGCAAUAUCGACACUUGACUGAUACUGUAUGUGCGUUCUCGCUCUUGUCACCCAAAGAGGAGAAUGUCAGGUCCAAGUUUUCAACAGCAGAACAAGUGGUCCCAAGAAGAAAUUUCAAUAUGCAACAGAUUAUUAUGCAUGGCAAAAAUGUAAUUUAUCUUUGUGUGCUGUUUUUAAAUGGAGCUCGAUGUUUGUGGGGAAGAAAACAACACAAAAAAAAAAAAGAUGUUGAGGGGGGGAGGGGGGGUGAGGAAGUAGGCAACAGCUCAAGCGAGCGAGCGCACUUUAAAAAAAAAAAUGUGUUGUGCCUGUCACAAUCCAAGACACCGUGGUUUGGAUUGAGAGGAAAAGAUGGCUAAGAUGGCGUUCUGUGGUAUCUGACGGUGCUAAGACCUUUUUUUUUUUUUUUUUUAAAAGAUUGUUUUCACUCAGGGGUGGUGGGCACUACCUGCCACGUGGUUUUAGGUCGUCAUCUCUUCCUUUUUCAUUUCAAAGUCUUGUGCUCGUGAUGGGGUUCACAUUCUGUACAUCUUGGCUUUGGUGGUUUCUCAAAUGUCCCUUUGAGAAAGAACACGAUCUUUCAUUGAGAUUCAUUUGACUUUACUAACUGAUGUAAUUGUGUUCAGCUUCUCUGAAUUUUUCUUUUCCCCCUCGUAUGACCCUUUUUAAACUAACCUAACAAUGCAUAUCCACAUCUCAAUGACUGAACCAUCACCCUUGUUGUGGAAGCUCUUCUUGACGAGGUGUAGCGAGUGGGUUGACUUCUGCUACGUCCUAUCUCAAGGUGGUCACAUGCUCAAGUUUAGCGAAGGUUUUUUGUCAACACACCAUCCUGUCAGUUCUUAUAAUCCCUCAGCAGGGGGCGGCACACACAUCCACUGUCCUUGAAUGGACAUGAUGCAAGAAUCUCAAUGAUGAGGGCAGUAUUUGUGUGGUUUUGCACUAUUCAAAGUGUUGUACAUAAUUUUGUAUCAAUUGUUAAUGUCCUUAAUUCUACCAUGGUCCUAUAAAUAUUUAUUUGCAUUCUGUGUAAUUCAAAGUAGUCUCUGUGAGAUGGCUUUGCUAUUGUUCAAAAUAAAACAAAUGUUGCGA